CGUGCUUCAGCCCUUUCGUGGUUCGUCAGAUUUGCGCCCAAAUCCCUCCCUAAAACCUUGAGUGAGAGUGUGCGCGAGACGAACCGUAGAAAUGUGGAAGUCCGCCGUAAGGAUCGCCGCCGGGAAUCUCAAAUUCAAUCGGAGGUCUUUGAUUUCAAACGAUACCGUUUGUCAUUUCCCGGCGCCGACUUCAGCCGCCGCGGGAACACUUCUCCCGGGUUUAGAUCAUGUUCAUCGCUGCUUCUCAUCUUCGAAGAGCACGAAAUCGACGAUUACCAAGACGAAGAAAUCCGAAGGCAAAAAAUCAAAACCUAAAGGCGGCGAAACUGGUGCAGCCGGAGCCGAGGACGGAGAGUUUGGUGCUUCAGGUGGAGACGACCUCGAGGCGGGUCGCGCCAAGAGGCUAGCUGACGAUGAGAAGAUUCCGUCUCUAGAUGUAGGUCCUAAUGGACGGCCUCUCUUUACUCCCAGAGACACUACCCUUUCGCAGCUAUCUCACAAGGAUAUCGGCUCCUACUUCAAAUUCGAUGAGGCAGCGUUAAAAGCAGUUCUUCCGGAAGGAUUGGCUUCAGGGAUUGAAGACGAGUUUAAAGAAUCAUGGAGACCUGCAUUGCUUGUGAGAAAAAAUUUCUUAGCUCUGAGAGAUAAUUUCAGACGCAUUGCUGAUCCUCCCAUGUGGCCAAGUGAGGGUAAAGGUGCGUUCUUUGAUUUUGUCAAGUUCAAUGAAUCCCGCUUGAGAGAGUUACGGUGCCACAUCUAUGAUCCCAUCGUGCUUGGAGAGGGUGCGGGUGUAGGAUACUUGAAAGGAGCAGAUGCUAUGCCAGUUCCCGAGGACUCAACUCUGUAUGAUCUUGUGCAAAUGGGGAUUAAGAGCAGUCAUGCAGCUGUUAGUGUCGUGGUGCGACUUAGGAAAGAACUAUCGCUCGUGAAAGAUGUACCAGUGUUGAUUGCAAUUGAUCAAUAUAACAAUUGGUUCACAUUCAGUGAGUUUGAAGAGCCUGUAACACCACGUUCUUGCCGACCCAUACAUGCCAAAGAACUUACGACGGUGAAUGCGUUCAGAAGCAUGAUGCAUGAUGAUAUGAUGGUGGGUGCAUUCUCACAUUCAACAGCAGUAGGAAAACUACGUAAAGACUUGCCAGAUGUUCCAGCUGGUGCUCGUGAGGAUUUCCCUCGUUAUACUUUACAAGAAGCAGAAGCUGUUUGCUAUUACUACCUCCGGCAAAGACUAGUUCGGCGUGAAGUAUUCUCAGAAGAAAACUGGAAGAAGAUAUACUAUCUGGCUAAUGGAAAUGGAGCAGAGAUGCGUUGGUUAGUCCCUUUCAUGCGUUGAGAAACAAACAAAAUAGAUUGUUUUGUUGAUUACUUGAAUGUCGCCUUGCUGGGUUUCUAAGUUAUCCCAUUAGUUUGGGAAAGAAACGUUUUACAAUGAACCUUCUCAUUUAAAAGGAAGAUUUUUUGUUAUUUGAGUUCUGUAGUUUAGGGUUUUGUUGUCUGUAAAAGACCUGCUUUGGACCCAAGUUUCUUUAUAAUAAAGUUAGUGCCUUUCACGUA